CGCACGACUCUCUUCUCUCUUCCUGCGAUUUUCAGCUGCUCGGAGAAAACUCGAAAUCACGCCGUGGACUUCUAAUCCCAUUACCGAGAUCCAUUCCAAGCAUUCAGGUACCUCUUCUUCGUCUCUAAUUUGUUAAACUUGAAACGGAUUUGGGAAUUUUAGGGUUUCGAAUUUUGGGAAUUUCGAGUUUGGGAAUUUCGAGUUUGGGGUAUCCAUUACAGAGACAAAGCAUAACACAAAAGGGUAUUCGAGUUUCUUUUUCUCUUUAUGUGUGUUGUUGUGCUUUUAAAUCGGGGUUUUAAGGUUUUAAGAGAGGUGGUGGUUCUGAUAAAAGUUAAGAACUUUGGAGUGGAUAUUACACAGAGAAAGAGAGAUUGUGUGUGUGUUUUAGUUUAAUGGGAACAAGAGCAGAACGUAAUAAGAAAGAUUUUGGUGGUGGGUUCGGAUUUGGAGUUGUAGAACACUCGCAUAAAGACAUUAUGGUACUACCCCAUCAUCAUCAUCAAUAUCCAUCAUAUUCAUUGCCUUCCUCUUCUUCCUUGUGUUACUGUUCCGCUGGUGUUGGCGAUCCCAUGUUCUCUGCUUCAAGCAAUCAGUCAUACACUUCUUCUCUUGGGGAAAUGUUUUCCCUCGCCAGUUCUAAUUCUGCUGCCGUUUCAGUUGCAGACCCUUUUUUCACCUUGAGCUCUUCAGGGGACGUGGGAAGAAGUAUGAGUGAAAAGGAAAGUGUAGCUUUCAGUGAAGCUCAAUGACAAGAGCUUGAGAGGCAGAGGAAUAUAUAUAAGUACAUGAUGGCUUCUGUUCACUAACAAUUCAGAUGCGUCGAGUUCAAUGGUCGUUGAAAGAUAUUUCUCUCUGACAACGUCAAGUUCGUGGUGGUGAAGAGGAGAGCCAUGAGACUUAUCAUGCUCAAGCUGUUCUUCACGUUGUUGGAAGGUUUUUUUAGUGUCAAUUUUUAUAUCAGUUUUGAUACCAGAAUACCAGAAUCUACUUAAAAAAUAUAUAUAUAUUUUUUUUUAAUUCUGGUGAACCUCAUUUUCAGGUUUACUAAUGAAACACAAAAAUUAGACAGAUUCUUUCCAAAAUUUAAAACCAAAAAAUAAUAAUACUAUAUUGUGGUGAAUCUCUAAAAGGAGUUCUUAGGAAUUCAUGGCUAGAGUUCAUAUGCAUUUUAGAUUUAAAAAAAUAAAUAAAGCUUAAUUAUGAAGGAUCGGUUCGUCCUCCAACGACCUAAAAACUCAAACUCUUAUCCUAGUGCGACGUGAUUGGACAAUUUUUUUUUUAAUUUUUAAAUUUUUUAAAAAUAAUAAUAUUUUAAUAUAAAAUAGUUUGCGGAAAAAAAAAUUUAAUUAUAUCUACAUAAGAAAGAAAGCCGGUUUAAAAAUUUAUUUUAAUUCAUGGCGAUUUUUUUUAAUACAUUAAUUUUUUUUUUAAGUUAUACCGAUUCAUCUCAAUUCUAAGCAUAAAUUACAUAGGUUAAGAAAUGAAGCCCAUAACUUACUAGGUUAAUUAGCGGAUGGGCUAAUUAAAUAAGCCAAGGCCCAAGAGAUUAUUUAUAGUAGGCCAUGGCUCGAACUAAAUCACACACACUUACUUGAUUCUUGUUUCUUUUUACUGGAUUUGACAAUCUCUUGGCUGCUGCCCAUUUUCCCAUGGGAGUCCUCCUUCGUUUCUGCCUCCGGCGAUGAAAGACGGAGGAUACAGAGACUGGGCGGGACUUCCGCCGGAGCUAACGUCGUCGAUCCUGGUCCGGCUUGACGCGAUUGAGAUACUGGAAAACGCUCAGAAAGUGUGCAAAUCGUGGCAUCGAGUCUGUAAAGACCCUUCGAUGUGGCGGAAGAUUGAUAUGCACACCGGCUUGCGAUGCGACGGUUGUUACCCCAGGCCCGAUUGUGAUCAAUGUUACGAGACCCUGUCCCUGUCUCGUCGGUGUUACGAGACCAUGUGUCGUCACGCUGUUGAUCUUAGCCAGGGCGGUUUGGUUGAGAUCGACAUUUGGCGAUUCUGUACCAACUCUCUCCUCAAUUACAUCGCCGACAGGUCAAGUAGCCUGAGAAAAGUUGGACUUGUAAUGUGCCAUAAACUAGAUGGCGAGACACUUGUCGAAGCACUUGCGAAACAUCCAUUGCUUGAAGAACUCGACAUUUCAUACUGCUCAUUUCCAGAAGAGUCUCUGAAAGCUGUAGGCAAGUCUUGUCCAAAUCUGAAGACACUGAAGCUAAAAACUCCUGAGGUCACCUAUAAUGAUGAUGAAUUUGCCAUAGCAAUUGCACAAGGCAUGCCCGGACUACGCCACCUCCAGCUUUUUGGGAACGACGUGAUGGGCAACGAGGGCUUGGAAGCCAUUCUUGACUCUUGUCUUCACCUCGAACACCUCGAUUUGCGCCAGUGUUCUGGAAUUCAAUUUGUUGGGGACCUCGAGAAGCGAUGUUAUCAGAGGAUCAGAGAUUUGAGAAUGCCCCAUGACUCAACUGAUGAUUAGCCAUAUUGAAACCCGUUUGAGAUGUCCUGUGGAAGAAGCUGAUGCUAACGGAAGAUAUGUUGUGGUAUUAGGGUUUGAAGAUUUUAUGUUCACGGAAGAACUAGCACUAAAGUUCGUUUUUGCAAGGAGUUCGGGAAGUUGUGAAUGUUCGUGUCUUAGAAUCAUUGUCACAUAAUACACGUCGACAUAAAAAAAAAUGAUCCCUAUAUUACUAAAGCACAAGUCGC